AUGGGAAACAGAAUCGUCGAACUUAUCCAAUCCAAAUUCGAGCUAUUCCGUCUGGAGAAACGCUACACCCGCACGCGCAAUCGCCGCAGCACCUUCGUAUCUGAAGCUCAAUACGUGGACGGCGAAUACAUUUACUCUCCCACCUCAGCAUAUUCCACAAAACACAACACAGGUAGCAGCCGCGCCAGCGACUCGACGACCGAUACCAAUGCCACCCAGGAUCCCAAGGUCAACCGGAGAAUAAGCAAGGUGGCGCUGGAUAAGAUUGAUUGGCGCAAAGGCGGCAGGGGAUAG